AUGAAAAGUAGAACUCCUUCAUCUUGGGGUACAGAUUUCAAAGACUGGGUUAGCAGAGCUGGAUUCCAAGCAGGCACUCUGCAUAGCCUGAGGAGGGAAGCGCUUAUCAAAGCUGAUAAUCAGUACUCCCUUAGUCAGGUAAUGAAGUUUGCCUCGCACAAAUCCUCUAAUACCCUUGGCCGACAUUACCUUGACUCUAUGAGCAACGUAGAUGGAGCCGCAACAUACCUUGACCUGCAAGCAAGGCACGAUGUCACCAAAGACUUUAGAUCCGCUACUAUGCAGAGAAAGUAUAGAUUACCAUUGUCACUACCCAAAAGCAAGCAGAACGACUUAGAAUCUCGCUCUGACUACCAAGCACUCACGGAAAAGUCCCAAGCUCUUGUGGUAGAGAUUGAGAAAGCAGAGAAUGACGACAAACGGCGAGAGAUUAUCAAUCAAACUACAAGGAAACGUGAUCAGGAAUUAAAGGAUUAUCAAUCAAACUACAAGGAAUCCUCGCAAGGACAGCAGAACCUAGCCGACCAGCGUCGUGACUACUUCCAGCAUGUUGUUCGUCAUAUGGUUCCAGUGCCAGCCCGUCUCAGUGAGAACCUUCUAAAGUGCGAAAAACUUCGGAGCGAGGUCAGAAGAUCAGUGAUAGAGGAUCUCCUGUAUCUACUUACAAAUGACUCUCCGGUCGCUUACCAGGAGUCCUUACGCCCUAUCAACGGCCGUUGUAGGGUCGAAUCUUGUAGAGCAGAAAUAGAUAGUAUUCCUAUCUCUGGCCGAUGGCGUCACGCAUACGACUGUUGCAAAGCUGACCAUGAGCGUUUGUCCGGGUGCAUGAUUCGUUACUGCUUCAUAUGUAACUCUUGGGAGCAGGGCGAAAGUGAAUGGGAGGAUCAUUGUGUAGUUCACAUCAAGAACGGAGACAUACCGGUUCGCUGUGAUCCUAUUACAUAUCGUCAUGGCCUCGCUCGUGCUGGUCACUGCCAAGUUUGUCUACAUGAUGAGAGGCUUCCUGCUUCAGAUAGGCUGCAUCCAUAUAUGCAUUUAUCUGAUUGGAAGC